AUGACUUACAAAUUCGCCGUCUUGUCAGCGAUUGCUCUUGCCGCGACAGCUAUCGCAGCAUCUUGUGGUGGCGGAGGCUCAUUCGACACCUCAAAUGUUCAGUACGUCUAUGAGGAAGCUAUAAGCAUAGAGAUCACUAACAAUAUCUUUGAUAGGGCCGAUUUUGGCGAUGAGCAGAUUCCUCAGCACCGGGCAUUGAUUUGGAUCCAGGGUACAGCCCAGAUCUGUAUUGUCAACCGUGCCCCGAGCACCGCCGUGUCUCUGACCGGAAGCGAGAUCAACGAUGCAAUUGAUGAUGUGAGGGACCAGUGCUGCGGUUCUUCUUCCACUUGCUCUGGUGGACAGCAAAAGAUAACCGCCGAGUCUGGAAAUGUCAUCGACAUGUCUGUUCAGGCUGUGGGACAGAACUGCACGCCUUGA